AACAUCACCAACUUCACCACCGCACUUUCGCUCUACCAUGCACCACCCACCAUGGACAUAACCCCCGACUUCAACGCGGCAUUAGCCCGCCACUCCGCGCCCCCCAUCUCUCCCCCAGAAAUCUUCGACAUCCGCCGCCUAGACGACUUCCUCCAAGAAGCCUACCGCAUCCGCUCCCACAUCGCCUCCCUCUACAAAUACCUCCGCCAAACCCGCGCCUCCUACCUCUCCACCGACCGCCCCUCACGCGCCCAUCUUGCGCGCACCUCCAGCAAUUCCUCAAACACCCCCUUCCACCCCGCCCGCCACGCGGUCAAACACCUCACCGACGCGCAGAAAGAAGAAAUCGACGCGAGCACCAAACAGCUCAUCCGCGAGCUCACCGCCGCCGUCGCCUCGCUCAAAGACGCCGAGGCCGUGCGGCAGCAGACGACCACCACGCUCGCGCUCAAGAAGCGCGCGAGAACAGGCCUAGGCGCGCUGGGGCGAUGGGCCGCGGGCGGCGCGAUAACGGCCGCGAGCCCCGAGGAGGAGGCGGCGGAGGAGCGGGAGCGGCAGUUCAGCGCGUGCAGGGCCGGCGUGCUGGAGUAUUUGCAGACGCAGCUGGGGCUGUGCGCGGCGUUUGGGAAUGAGAUGAUUGGGAUUAGGAUACGGCGGGUUAUUGAGAGGGAGAAGAGUGUGCUGCAUGCGGUGCCGAAGGGGCGUUAUGAGGAGGAGGAGAGGCUGACGGAGCAGAGGCUGGCGCCGGAGCAGUUGCAGAUGUUUGCGCAGGAUAAUCAGGAUAUGUUGAAGCAGUAUGAGGAUUCGUUGGAUCAGGUUAGGCAUGCUGAGAAGUCACUCCUGGAGAUAUCAGAGCUUCAGAGCAAUAUCGUCAAUAAUCUCGCUAUCCAAUCCGAGCAUAUCGACAUGCUGAUCGAUAAUACCUACCAAACGGCCGAAAACGUAGGCGGCGGUAACAAAGAGCUGAAAAAAGCUGCAGAGCGUAAGAGCACGGCACGCAUGCUGUUUUAUGGGACCAGCGCGUUCUGUUUGACGCUGGUUGUCUGGGAUUUGUUGAUAUAGGGGGAUUGAGCAGAGCAAACAUAUACCCAAUUAGCCACUAUCAAUACAUCGUGUACAC